CCGUGACCGACUACUCGACGCCAUUUUCGGAAGCCGGACGGACCAAACACAACCCAACCCACAACCGUAACCUAAAUUUUGUUUAGUGUUGCCGCACGUAAAAGAAGUGAGGUUUUGCUGAGAAAGACUCCGACGACCCGUUGCCAGAAUGUCGACUGACUUCUACAUACGUUACUACGUCGGGCACAAGGGAAAGUUCGGUCAUGAAUUCUUGGAGUUUGAAUUCAGACCCGACGGCAAGUUGCGCUAUGCCAACAACUCCAACUACAAGAAUGACACAAUGAUCAGGAAAGAAGCGUACGUCCACAAAUGUGUCAUGGAUGAGUUAAAAAGGAUCAUUGUGGAUUCUGAAAUUAUGCAAGAAGACGACUCCUCGUGGCCACAGCCUGACCGCGUCGGAAGGCAAGAGCUUGAGAUCGUGAUUGGCGAUGAACACAUCUCCUUCACCACCUCCAAGACCGGUUCGUUGGUGGACGUCAACCAGUCUCGCGACCCUGACGGUCUCCGCUGCUUUUACUAUUUAGUUCAAGAUCUGAAGUGCUUGGUGUUUUCACUUAUUGGUCUUCACUACAAGAUCAAGCCAAUCUAACAUGUGGACUUUGUUAAGCCUUGACAUGAUCGAUUAAGUUAAGCCACCCAUGUUUCCGCAAUUAAGCAUUGUUUUAUUUUACGUCACACUGCUGAUUUUCAGCUGAAGGAUUCUUAUGUUGUUCUGACAUUUUGGAUAUUUUGUACUGCUCACGGAUUUUGUUGGUGAAUCAUACAAUACUUGAUCUAUUAAGUAGGAAAGUGUUUUGAUGCUGCCGUUCUGUCAUGUGAGGAUUUGUUACACGUUGUUUCACAAAAAAAAAAAAGACAUUUUAGUUUCCAAAACUUUAUGGCCGGGUAUUAUUUACAUUGUAUUAUUUACAGUCAUCAAUAAAUAAGUCGAACUUUUAUCAAA